AUAUAAACUGUGUAGCGGCGAAGGUAUUCAUAUUCUACAACAACUUCCAACAAAAUGGUGUUAGGCAAGUCACUUUACUUCCUUCUGGCAGUGCUCGCUGUGCACUUAAUCACUGCACACCGACCUGGUGGUAGACCUGGUGGUCCCGGAGGACCAGGGCGUGAUGACGAGGGCGACAAUCAGGAUAGAUACAAACACAUCGUCAGAUGUAACUACACCGAAACUCCCGGAAAAAGUUGCGUUAGUUGCAACCAGACGUUGAUCUGUUCUCGCCUCAAUCUGGGUAUAGUGAGCACCUGUCGCAAACGUAAGCCGCACUGUAACCAGGGUGCCUGUUCCACCACGCCGAGCAACAACUGCACGUCUACACAAUAAACGUAACCACAUUAAUUUUUAAGCACAAUUAUGACUUCUUUUGAUGGUCAUGUGAAUAUUUGAGCUGAGGAUGAAAUCUGCUUUGCAUCUAAUAUAUUUGCCAAUAAAUUAUUAAAUAAUAUGCAGCAA